CUGUACGGUGCUGACUGGCGGAGUCAGUCAGUCAGUCAGUCAGUCGGCUCGGCACCGGCCGCGACGCACGAUCGCGUGGUUUUUUCUUGGUUCCCCGGACGGCGCACGUUAGGCUAAGCUGCCCCGUUCAGCUCGGCUCGUCUUGUCGGUUUCUAGCAGUUGUUCGCUCGGCCCAGUUUUUCCAGCGAGCCUCUCUCCGAAAGUGCACCUCUCGCCGGAUUAACCCGAGGAGCUUCCCAGCGGAGAGUUCACCGCCUGGCAGACCAGAUAUCAAACCCGGAAUCGUAGUUCGAGUCCACAGGUUCACCCCAGUCGUCGAUUCCUCUUCAUUCUUUCUGCAGCUGGUGAUGAUGUAACGGGACUUUCGCUGUCGCUGCAGUGAAGCAACGAUGUCCACACAAUGCAACCGCUUCGUGCAGAACGCCUGGAAGAAGGAACUCUGUUCGAACUGCUUCAAACCGAGGGAGGAACACACGCUGCCCGAGGAGACGCUCAAGCUCAACAUCGGCAGGGCCCUUAACUUCAAGACUGAUAGCGUUAAGAUCCAGGGUAUCCUGCGAAGCAAGGUGAUCGGCCAGAAGGACCAGAAGAAAAAGGCAGUCGCGUUCCCGGAAUGUCUAACGGAGAUAAUCGGUUAUGGCGGCGACGAUGUCUUCUCGGACGACGAGGAGGACGACGAGCAGGACUUCGCCGAGUCGUUCGGCACGGAGGACGACGCGCUGCCAGACAGCGAGGAGGAGCGCGCCCUGGGAAACUUGACACGAGCCAACACCAACUUCAACACGAUCACCGCUAACUUGACAGCGGUCGUGACGGCGAACGAGACGCCGAAAUCCUCGUCCGCGACGAGAUCCUUCGCGUCGCUGAUGCUCGGGAGGAUACAGAAGGACUCGGAGGGCAAGAAGACCACCUUGCUGGUCUCUGUGACGCCGUUCGGCGGCGACGAGACCUUGCCCACUGCGAGGAGGCCCGCUGAUAGGAAGAUCAAUGGAUUCGUCAAUGGAUCCUCGAGCCCCGCCAAGCACAAGAUUGCCGAGAACGGUGAUAAAUUGGAGACGACGCUGAAGCUGCCGAAGAAGCCGGAAAUCGAAGCGAAGAAGGAUGAUAGGAAGGAGGGGAAGUACUCCUCGGGCAUGGAGAAGAUCGUGGACCUUCCUUUGAUCACGAACAACCUAAUUUCGGCGAUGCAGCGUGGAGAGUCUACAGAGAGCGAGGACGGCAAGGACAAGGCAUCCGAAGUCGAACGGAUCUUGGAUGCUGGUAAACCGGACAAGAAAUUCGGGAACGUUGCUCGGAGUCCUGCGACCAAGAAGCCGGAUAACGAGAAGCCGAAGUGCGCGUCCCAGGCUUCUCAGAACGGCGGCAAGAUCGACUACGAGGGUGCUAAAGCGGCGAGAAGGUCACCGGAGAUUUGCAGAUCAAAGAGCAAAGGGUCGGACAGGGGUAUCGAGUUAACGUUGACGCCGUUCACGAAAAACGACACCGAGGAGGCUGCGGAGAGCGACAGGCCCAUGAUCCAGGGCAAGGAGACGAACAAGAUCACGGUGUCGCAUGGUAACGAGGACUCCUCGCUGGCUGAGCUGCGCAAGAUGGAGGCCGAGGUCUCUGAAAAAAGAUUCAGCUGCGAGGAGAGCCGCGAGAUGGCUGGGGAACCGGAUGGCAGGGCCGAUGAGGAGGAAAUGACAGAACCCCCUGCGCUUCCGAGGAGCCCGCCGCCGAGUAUCGAGGCUAGGCCGCUUCUUCAGGGAGAGACUGGCAAGCCGAUCAUCACCACCGAACCCAGGCCCUCCUUUCUUCAUGGCGCGGUGAACGCGGAGCUGAAAGUCAAGCCCGUUGUGCCACAGAAACCGGCUAAUUUCGGGGCCAAGAAUACGGUUGUGGCAGAGGGUAACUUGAAGAAGAGCCACGCGGCGACAUCCAGAACCAGUCAGAGCACAGGUGCGAGCGGUCGACCUGCGCAGGACCAGACAAACAAUCCCCGACAAUCCAGCAAAGACAAGCUCGAGGAACUGGCGGACCAGACUCGCGGAGUAUUCGACAAUCUUCCACGAGAUUCUGAGACCAAGGCCGCUCAGUCUAGCAGGCUACAGCACCCUCCACUCAGCCAGGACAUCGAGUCUUCCAAGCCGAGCCAGGGCUCGCCGAAAGUGUCUUCGGGAAGCAAGAUAAAUCCGUCUCCGACGAACUCUCCUAGAGAUCAGGCGGUAGAAGGUGGAGAUCCCGAGGACCUGGACGUAGAAGAGGAGGCCUUGGACUCGCAGGCUCCGGCUGCGGAGUCCGUUCGCUCGCCUAACAAGCGAAGAAUGGCGCCCAAGCCUCCGGCAGCGGAGCCUGCGGAGGAAUUAACGCCGAGUGCGACAUUGUUCGCUAGAAACCCUAUCGCGACGUUCAAGUCGGACUCACCGGUGGUUAGGGAGAAAGAGAAGAGGGAGAGAGCCUCCUCCUGCAGCCCCAAGUUCCGGAAAGCGGUCUCCGAGCUACCGGACCCUACCAGCGCUCAAACUUCGGACCCCGCGUCCAGGAGAACGAUCUCUCUGUCCCAGGACAGCCUGACGAACGGCCAAGAAGUCAGGGAGGAGAAGAAACGUGGCAGAUCGCGCUUCUCCUUGAAGAGGUUCCUCAGGAUGGGCUCGAGGAAGGACGUGGACAUGGUCAGCGGCCACGGGUCCGGCAGAACCGACGAGAUCCCGUCGACGCCGCAACCGAAACCAAGGCUGGAGAUCAUCCAUCCUCUGGAACUCGACGGCGCCGCUGUCGAGGUGGUGGGCAACGACCGGAUCAGCAGGAUAAGCGAAGAUCAACCUGAUUCCUGCGGACCUAGAAACGAUGCGAGAGCUACCCGGUCCCCGUUGUCCCCUGGAGCUCACGCGGCCGUGAGACCAGGCAAACCACCGCCACCGCCGCGGAACCAGUCCCUGGAGGAUUGGCCCCGGCUGGAUCCAUCCAGCAAACCGGUCCGACCGCCGCCACCGCGGGUCGAGACCAAGCAGCUUCCGUCUCGAAGCGAAAAGUCCACGAAAUCGUCGUCCCCGUCGUCCGUCUCCUCUUCGUCAUCGUCCUCGUCGUCGUCGUCGUCCUGGCAGCCGGCAGCCUCGACCACCUCAGACUCGAUUUACGCGAAUCUGGCAGCGGAGGAUGUUACAGGUGAGGUGCGCAGCUCGUUGGCACCCUCGAAACCCCAGCGAACCGCCAGCAUGAGGGACCAGGCGACCUCCCAGCCGAUCCUCAAGAAACACGGAUCAUCCAGCCCGGCACUUAAUCAGGAUUACGAGGGCGUAGCGGUGGCCGUGGCGCCGACUGCGUCCGAUUCCCUGACGUCGAACGACAGUCAUGUAUACGAGUGCCUUUCCAGCUCGCCGGAGUGCGACUCGAGCCUCGAGCUCCGACACGCGGUCGGAACUCAUCACAGCAGCAAGAGGAAAUCCGACAGCAACGCGAUGGAGACCGGCGGUGAAUUCAAAUUUCAUCAGCAGACGUUCGCCAGAUCGACUUCGCUCCCGUAUUGCGGCAGCGAGACCGAGAGCGAGCUCUACGCACCGUACGGUUUUUAUACGGGCGAUGAGGGCCCGGAGGAGGAUCAGGACUGGAAGAGCAAGGACGACGAAUUAAGGAUAAGCCGAUUGAGGCAACGUAGAGGUCGCAGCAUAGUUCAUCGGAGCCUCGAGGAUAAUUACGGGGCGGUGGUGGUUGCGAACCACGAAGCCCUUGCGCAGUUUCUCGAACAGCUGAACCAAACUCCGCAAGUGGCGACGGGGCUGCGCGUCCUGAAAAAUACGAAUCCCCGUCUGAGCCACUUCGGCAUCGAUACCAAUACGUCGAUCACCGUCGGUAGAAGAAUAUUUUAUUCGGCGACGUGGAACGAGCUGAACGUCAGCCUGUCCGUCGCGUUCGAUCUGGCCACACACGUGUCGAGGAAGGAAUUUUAUAUGGCACCUAUAAUCGAGUUUAUAGACAGCGUACCGAAGGAAAUUACCGGCGGGACGUGUCUGCCGGGGAACAAGCAGCUCGAAGCGACCAUAUCCGUGUUCCCGCGACUCCAGGUGAGCAGCAUACAGUCGUUCGGGCUGACGAUAAAGGACAUGCAGGACGAGGGAACAGUCAGGGAAGCCUCGUUCGUGCUGCUUCAAUUCGUGACAGCGUUGAAGAGCCUGCAGGCCCGCGGUAUCGAGGAGUCCGCGCGAAGUCUGAGCAACGUUGUUCUCUGCAGGGAGGACAAGAACGCCUACUACAGGCUCUAUCUUCUUCAAGGAUUGAACGUGGACACGAACGAGGAGAGGGAGCAGGAGAGGGUAUCGCUGUGCCGUUGCGCGCUUCUGGCAUUGCAGCAGCUGAACUUAACGAGCCGGAUGCCUUUGAUUCAGGAAUUGUUGAUAAGGGAGAAAGCCGUCACCCUGUCUCAGGUGAAGUCGGUUCUCGAGUUUUCUCUGUGGGGUCCAGCGGACGUGACCCUCGGAGGGCCGCGGGAGAGGGAAGUCACCCUUCAAAGAUGGCUCGAUCUGGAGAGAGCAAACGUUCUUCACGCCCUGGUCAGGACCAGGUCAUCCCUGACCGUCAUGGACGAGUACCAGCUAUUGUUCCUGGUCCGAACGAGUGCGAAAAUCAUGGGCGAGGCGUCGCUGAUCCUGGACGAGCAACGAAAUCGCUUGGCUCGAGCUCGAUAAUCGUGAAUCCCGUACGAAGAUUUGCCAGGACCUCGAUUUACCUAACUGUACAUUUUAAGAUCAUUCUCUAUCUAGCGAGUAGCAUUGCCUGUACAAAACACGACCGAUUAAUUUAUUGUUUUUCAUACGGUUAAA